AUGAUGCGCCAGGCUGGAAGAUACCUGCCCGACUUUAUGAAGUUGAAGGCAAAAUACAGCUUUUUUGACCGGGUGGAAACACCCGAGCUGGCCACUGAAAUCACCGUAAUGCCCAUUCACCAGGUUGGUGUGGAUGCCGCCAUUUUGUUUUCAGACAUUCUGGUAAUUCCACAGGCAUUGGACGUAGAGGUUCAAAUGGUGCCUGGAAAAGGCCCCUAUAUUCCCAAUCCUAUUCGCACCGCAGCGCAGGUAAAUGCCCUGCCAGAAGUAGAUGUUGAAGACCGGCUGAAUUAUGUGUUUCGAGCCAUAGAGAUGACCAAAGAGGAGCUGGCCGAUGAAGUGCCACUCAUUGGGUUUGCCGGCUCUCCUUGGACCAUUCUAUGCUAUAUGGUAGAAGGACAGGGGAGUAAAACUUUUGACAAAGCCAAGGAGUUUUGUUACACUCAGCCGGAGGCUGCACACAAGCUGUUGCAAAAAAUUACCGACACUACUAUAACCUAUCUCCAGGAGAAAUCAGCCCGGGGCUGUAAUGCCAUUCAGGUGUUUGAUAGCUGGGGCGGCUUGCUUUCGCCCGCAGACUACGAGACCUUUUCACUGCAGUAUAUCCGCCAGAUUGUUGACGCUCUUCACAAAGAUGUGCCGGUAAUUGUUUUUGGAAAAGGUUGUUGGUUUGCCCUAGAGCAAAUGGCGCAAAUGCCCGUUUCAGCCUUGGGUGUAGACUGGACAAUAACACCACAGAUGGCACGUGAAUUCACCAAGUUCAACGUAACCUUGCAAGGCAACUUUGAUCCAGCACGAUUGCUUUCUCCGGUGAAGGAAAUUGAAAAGCUUACCAGGCAAAUGGUUGAUGAUUUUGGUACUUACAAGUACAUCGCCAAUUUAGGCCACGGCAUUUUACCACACGUUCCGGUAGAUCACGCAAAGGAACAAUUCACCUCCUACAUCCGAAACUUGCAAGAUGAGAUCUGCGCGGCCUUGGAAGAAGUUGACGGCAAGGCCAAAUUUGUAGAAGACCACUGGGAAAGACCCGGAGGCGGUGGUGGUCGUUCGCGGGUAAUGGAAAAGGGAAAUGUUUUUGAAAAGGGUGGCGUAAGCACUUCCACCGUACAUGGAGAAAUGCCCGAAGCGCUAAAGAAAAAUAUGAAUACCGCAGGGAAAAACUUUUUUGCCUGCGGUAUUUCCCUGGUGAUUCACCCCGAGAACCCAUUUGUGCCUACCGUUCACGCCAACUAUCGCUACUUUGAGAUGUAUGACGAGGUCGGUGAACGCAUAGACGGCUGGUUUGGCGGUGGUACCGACCUUACCCCCUACUAUCUGUUUGAAGAAGACGCGCGGCACUUCCACCAAACCCAAAAAGCAGCCGCUGAUAAGCAUGGCAAAGACCUCUACCCCAAAUACAAAGCCCAGUGCGACAAGUAUUUCUGGAACCACCACCGACAUGAAGCGCGCGGCAUUGGCGGCACUUUUUUUGACUAUUUGAAACCCGAUACCAACCGCAGCACGGAAGAUUGGAUGGCCUUUGACAUGGAAAUGGGACAAAGCUUUUUGCCCGGCUACCUGCCGAUUGUGGAAAAGCGCAAGUAUACACCCUGGAAUGAAGAACACCGCUACUGGCAGGAAUUGCGCAGAGGCCGCUAUGUGGAGUUCAAUCUGGUGCACGACCGUGGCACUCUCUUUGGGCUGAAAACCAACGGCCGCACCGAAAGUAUCUUAAUGAGCCUUCCGCCCCGCGUACGCUGGGACUACAACAAAGAACCCGAAACCGGAACGGAGGAAGCUAAGUUGGUGGAGGUGUUGAAGAAUCCGAGGACCUGGAUUUAA